AUGAAGUUCCCGUAUGGCCAAAACAUACACCUGCACCACCACCACCACCAUUACCACCACAAUCGCCGCCGAGUCCAAGACGAUGACUACCUUCCCCCCGGUACUCGCCCAUAUGAUAACUCUUUCUGUCCUCCUUCCUUAGAUCACCACCGACCUAAUUAUGACGCCGCUGCCUCCACCGAAGUUAUUCACGUGCAUCAUCACUAUUAUCAAACCCCGCCGCCGCCGAUCGAUGAGCCUGCUGGCUUCCAUGGCGUUCAUCACUCUCGUUCCCAUGACGGAUCUCAUCAUAAUAAUUCUGAUGAUGAUCUAUCUGUGAAACCUACUGUUAAGGUCUUUUCUAAAGCCCAACCAGAUUAUUCUCUCACCAUUAAAGAUGGCAAUGUAAUUCUUGCCUUGUCUGAUCCCUCCGAUGGCUUUCAGCAUUGGUACAAGGAUGAAAAGUACAGUACAAGAAUGAGGGAUGAAGAAGGUCGUCCCUGUUUUUCUCUGGUUAAUAAGGCUACUGGUCAGGCUAUACAACACUCCAUUGGAGAAACUCAGCCUGUACAGUUAAUACCUUAUGACCCAAAUGUUCUUGAUGAAUCCAUACUUUGGACCGAAGGCAGGGACCUAACAGGCAAUGGCUUCAGACCAGUUAGGAUGGUGAACAACAUUUGCCUUAACAUGGAUGCUUUUCAUGGUGAUGAGCAUUCUGGAGGAGUACAUGAUGGAACCAUGAUAGUGCUGUGGAAGUGGAACGAAGGAGAUAACCAGCUUUGGAGAAUCACACCCUAUUGUAAGUUUCCCAACCUCAUGAAAUCCAAUUUUAGAAACAAUUUAUUAUUUUAAUUUCAUAUAGAUAUUGCAAUAACAAACUAAAACAACUAGCUGCUCUCUUUUAAUGUGUUCUUAUCUUAUAUAUAUAAUUAAUGUUCUUACAGGAAUUUUGGUAUGGCUUGGUGGUGCUGUUGCAAGAGAUUAGGAUGCUAUUUGCUAAUCUGCUAAGUUGUGAGCUUUGUUGCUCUAUGUGUUUGUUUUUUCUUGUGUUGUGAGUGUUCUUGUGGUUUGGAUUUUGAUGCUAGCUCUAUGUGUUCAUUGUUUUAUGUGUUGUGAGUAUUCUUGUGGUUUUGGCUUUUUACUAUUGCAGCUUGUCUUUUACUAUCUAUAUUGAUGAGCUUAUGAGUAUUGUAAUGAGACUGAGCAAUGGACUAAUAAAAGAAG